AUGCUCUCCUCAAUUGUACUCUUCGCAGGUCUCGUCAAUAUUGUGUCCAGUGCGGCUGUGAACGAUAUACGACCCCUAGUAAUAUGGCAUGGACUGGGUGACACCUACGCAUCUCCUGGUAUGGACCGCUUUCAGAGUGAAGUCAAGGAAAUGCACCCUGGCAUAUUCAUCCACUCCAUCUUCAUCGACGAGGACCCAAAUGCAGACCAGCGUGCAACCUUUUAUGGCAAUGUGAACCAACAAAUCGUACAGGUUGCCGAGCAGCUCGCUGACAUACCUGAGCUCAGCCGCGGUUUUGAUGCCAUAGGAUUCUCACAAGGAGGUCAAUUCCUUCGUGGCUACGUGGAACGUAAUAACAGCCCGCCGGUGCACAACCUGAUCACCUUUGGGUCACAGCACAUGGGUGUAUCAGAUUUGCCAGCCUGCAACCCAUGGGAUCUACUUUGCCAGGUCGCGCGCCGAGCAGCAGCCAGGGGUAUGUAUAGCGAAUGGGCACAGGAGAAUCUUGUUCAGGCUCAGUAUUUCAGGGACCCGCAACGGCUCUCGCAAUACAUGUCAUCAGGGAGCUUUCUACCGGAUAUCAACAAUGAAGUCUUGCUCCCUUCUUCUCGCAAUUCAUCGUAUGCAGAUAACCUUGCCUCGCUGAAUAAGCUUGUCCUUGUCCUUUUCCUCCAAGACAAAACCGUAGUCCCUAAAGAGAGCGCUUGGUUCGGCUCCGAGCAACCUCUUGAAGACAUCACUAUGGACCAACCAUCUGGAUCCAGUCAGACGCCGAUGCUCAGCCCACCGAACGCCAAAGAUAUCAUCCCGAUGCGUCUGCAAACCCUUUACAAAGAAGACUGGAUAGGCCUUCGACAGCUUGACGAAUGCGGUGGAGUUGAAUUUGUGGCAUGUCAGGGAGAACAUAUGCAGAUUGGUGAUUGCUGGAAAGAUCUUGUUGCUGAGUGGGUGGGAGGGUCUUUGAGCGUGAACUGA